AUGGCCCCAGUAUUUAGGGAGACUCAACCUCUCAUCGAGACUUCGUCUGCAACAGAGACGCCUUCAAAAUCCGUGUCGGGCCACAUUCCACUAGAUUCAACAUCGUCGUGUGUUGGCGAAGCUGUCAGUCCCGAAAUUCUUCACGAAAAUAGCAUGAAUGGCGACAACAGCCUGCCAAAUACUCCAACAGCCGUCAACUUCAUACGGGAAGACCAAGAUAGUGGUAUCGAUAAUAGGAUGGACCAUCACCGCGUCUACACCCUCGGUUCUAUCAUGUUCGACACCUCGGCCUCCUUGGAGCAGGGAAUUACAAUAGUACCUAUUGAGGCACACAUGGCUGAUAGUGAUAUGCAUUCCUCUGGACAGGUCACUUUCAUGCUGACCGACAAAACAGCUAUCGAGCUGGCAAAAAUGCAUAAAUAUAUUUAUUCUCAGCAGUCCCUUCUGUACGGCGGAGGAUCGUACAGCGAAAUUCGACAACAGGAGCUAGACCACUUGAAUCACCAGUUCGCGGCAGCAUUAAAGAAUUUGAACUUUAGUAUCGACUACGAAGCCCUUGGAGUGACAGAUCACACAGCAUCGGCUGAUAUUUGCAGUCGCGUGGAGACGCUGAUUUCGGCCAUGCUGUACUCUCAAUACGCGUUACGCUUUGGCUUGUGGGCAUUCAUACCCGACUUCAUCUGA